CUAAAUGACCGACUGCGGCAAGCAUAGGGCUGAGUUGCAGCUAAUCCAUGCGAACACCCCCCUUUCCCCCUUCCUUUUUUUUUUUAAUACACGUCUCUCCCCUCUGCACCUUUGGAGUUCCGACAUAGCGGAGCCGACCCAUUACUGGAAGGCCAUAUUCAUGCAGGAACGAAUAAACUGCGCCGCAUCUGAAAUACAUUUUCUUGUCGACACCUGGAACGUGCUCUCACCCACCUUACAAGCUCACAGAAGAAGGGACGACGUUGCGCUGAUCCAAGACUCCCACAACGCCAUCAACUUGUCAAAACACCCAAUAAUAUCCUCGAUUCUAGAAACCGAAGAGGCGCUGCAACCUUGACGUAAUAUUUCUCAAUUCCCCACCCACUAAAAAAAGAAACAACAAAAUUGCUACAUAACAACAUCCGUCACUACGUUUGUCGAUACUUCGAUUGGCUCCUUUUAUAAUUCCCCAGCAACCUCAUCCACACGGCAUUGCCACCUUUAUAUCGUCUUCGAGUCCGUACUCUCCUGGGUUUUCCAAAUCUCGUGUCUUCCUGGGUAUCCAUACAGAUGUCGCAUGGCCCUUCUACAUCUUCUUCGAUGCUGCCCCUGGCUUCAGGAUUACAAUAACGCUUGAGCUCCACUGCUUCUGGACAAACAAAUAGCUCUAUCAUGUCAACACAUUCGCACCCAAAUCUGGCAAGAAUUUGGAUGCACAUCGCUAUGUGGUAUGUACUUUUGGCAAAAAGUGUAAAGCAAUGAGGUUUAUGUGUAGUAAGAUCUACAGCUCAUCGGAGGUGUUUGCUAUAUUCUCUGAGGGGAGAUGCGGCGUUGGCGAUAAGCUUUGGAUAAAGAUGACUCCUGAUGGAUAUGGAUAUUGUGGAUGGUUUUGAUUAAGAUUUUUAAAAUGACUGGUGGAAGGGCAAUGCUCUGUGUGUGUGUGUGUGUGUGUGUGUGUUGAGUUUUCUGAAGAGAGUCAGAAAAUACCUCCUUUUGGUUUAAAAGCCAAAGAGAGUAGGCAGUUUCAGGACUCCAGCAAAUGAAGAGGCAAGUGCUGAGGAUCAUGACUCCCAAGAAAGCUGACAUCAUGAUAACACAUGAAAGGGACUAUGUGUGUGGUUUUUUGGUGAAUUGAUCUUGAAAAUGUCUUUGUUGUUGUUGUGAAAAAGUGUCAGCAGUCAAUAUAAUUGUUUUGACGAGGCUCUGGAUUCAAAGAAUAGAUGAAAGGGGCAAGCAGUCUUGUGUUCUACAAAAGUGUAUAAAUCCACCUGGUUGAAAAUCAACAAAAAA